AAAACACGGCAUUCACAAGCGUCACCAGCAGAGAGUUGCCUCAUUAAUUAUUCAUGACAUACCAAUGUUGUUCCACCUCACGCGGACUGGCGGAGGAGAAAAACACGCCGCGGACGAGUGAAGACCGUCACCAUGGCGACAGCGAUUUAUCUCGAACAUUAUCUCGACAGCAUUGAAAACCUGCCCUGUGAGCUCCAGAGAAACUUCACACUCAUGCGGGAACUUGACAACAGAGCAGAGGAAAAGAAAUGCGAAAUCGAUAAGCUUGCGGAAGAAUACAUUAAAAACGUCCGAAAUCUGGCUCCGGAUCAGAGAGUGGAGCACCUGCAGAAGAUUCAGAACGGAUUCAGCAAAUGCAAAGAAUACAGCGACGACAAAGUGCAGCUCGCCAUGCAGACGUACGAAAUGGUGGACAAACACAUCCGAAGGCUGGAUGCCGAUCUCGCUCGCUUUGAGAAUGAGCUGAAGGAAAAGUUGGAAGUCAGUGGCUACGAAAGUCCAGACAACAGAACGGCCAAGAAAGUAGGCGGUCGAGGAAGCCUGAAGGAAAAACGACGGUCGAAAGGAAGAGGACGCAAAUCUUCAGACGACGACUCGCCACGGAAAAAGAAAAUUAAGAACAGCCCUGAGUUCUCUGAAUCCAUCCUUCCAGUUCACCCGUCAGACGUCUUAGACAUGCCCGUUGACCCCAAUGAGCCCACAUACUGCCUGUGCCACCAAGUGUCAUAUGGAGAAAUGAUCGGAUGCGACAACCCAGACUGUCCCAUUGAGUGGUUUCACUUCGCUUGCGUUGAUCUGACAACGAAACCCAAAGGGAAAUGGUUCUGUCCACGAUGCACCCAGGAUCGAAAGAAAAAAUGAGAUGCACAUUUGUAACGUUGAGAGAUUACAUUUCUAUAUGAAUAUAUAUGUAUGCAUAUAUAUAUAUAUAUGUAUUUUGUCUAAGUGGUAAAAUAGGAUAAUAUAUACUCCUUUAUAUGGCCAUGAUGAAUUAUAUGAGGGUCGCGAGGAAACAAAGUUUUUAUUUUUCAGAGUACUUGAAAUGUUUCCAUAUGUUUAAGUUUCAUUCUGUGUUGUCAAAUUGUCAUUUUCAGACAAUCUAGGAUAUAUUAUAUAUGAUAUAUAUAUAUAUAUAUAUAUAUAUAUAUAUAUUUUUUUUUUUUCUCUUUACUUACUGAUUAGUAUGUAUUUUCAUUUUUAUGAAGCUUCAAGCAAAUAUCAUGUCAUUGUGCUUUGCUCGUGAAAUGUUUUUAGCGUGGCACAAGUCGUUCGAAAGAAUUUUGCUAAAUUUUUAACACGCUGAAUUCGGCAGCAAACAUACGAUUUGUAUUUGCCGCUCUUGCACUUAAAGUAUAACGCGACUACUUUUUUCUGCAACUAUCGAUUUGCUUUGAAACUCAACUUGUUGAUCGAGCAAAGUGAAACUUCGAAGUGCAAGUGAUACGUUUUAUUGUUAUGAUUAUGUAAUUACAGACGAUAAUCCAAAAUCUCAUGCAGCAUAAGUGCCGUUGUUUAAAUUUCUUUUUUUCCCGUUCAAAUUCUGCUUUAUUCUUCGCUGUGUUAGCAAGAAUAUUUUGCAGAACUUAAAGCGACUAACUACUGUGGAAGCUUGUUUCCACCUCAGAAUAAAAAAUAAAAAAAAAAGUUAUUUAACAAUUCAGAUUUGUUUCUCGCCAUUCUCAAAAUGUCGCAAUUCUGAUGCUGAUGUGGCAAUAAACUUGAAUCAAGUCAACAAGUCAUGUCGCAAUUCUUUUUUUCUCAUUAUGGCGAAAAAUUAAGUCUGAAUUGUGAGAUAAAAAGCCGCAAUUAUGUUUUUAUAUUCUGUGGCAGGAAAAAACCCAGCUGAAUUGUGAGAUAUAAAAUAUAUAAAGUUUUUUUCUCGCAAUUGCGAGUUUACAUCUCUCAAUUCUUUAGUUUAUAUCUUGCAGUUGUGUUUUUGAUUCCACCAGGGAAUAAAAAAAUAAAAAGGUAAUUGCGACUUUUUACGUUUUGCGUUUAUAUUUCGCAAUUCUGACUUUUUGUUGCAGUUGCGAGUAUUAUAUAAUUUGGACUUUUCUUCUCAGAAUUGUGAUAUCUCACAAUUCUUUAGUUUGUAUCUUAGAUUAUAUAUUUAGUUUAUAAAAAGCCACAUUUACUUUUAUUUCUGUGGCAGAAACCAAAAAAGCAAUUCUGGGUUUAUAUGUAGUUAUAGUGUUUUUUGUUUCUGCUAAGCAAUAAAAAAAAAAAAAAAAAAAAAAGAUCAUUGUGACUUUUUAAUCAUAAUUCUGAGUUUAUAUCUCACAAUUCUGACUCUUUUGCAAUUGCAAGUUAAUAUGCUUUAAUUUGUAUCUUGGAAUUCUGACUUUUUUUCUCGCAAUUGCACGUUGAAUUCCGUGGCACAAAAAAAUAGUUUAUAUUUCUUUAGUUUAUAUCUCGCAAUUUUUUUUUUUUUUUUUUUUGCUUCUGCUGCGGAAUAAAAAAUCGAAUUGUGACUUCUUAUCUCGUAAUUUUGAGUUUAUAUCUCGCAAUUUAGAUUUUUUUCUUGCAAUUGCUAGUUUAUAUGUCAAUUUAGACUUUUCUCACAAUUCUUUAGUUUCUAUCUCACAAUUCUUACAUUUUUCUCCAAAUUGAGAGAUAUAAUCUCAUAACUGCAAGAAACAAAAUCCGAAUUGUGAGAUAAAAUGUUGCAAUUACCUUUUUUAUUCUGUAGCGCAAAAAAGAAUUACGAGAUCAAUUUUUAUUUCUUUAGAAUACCUCUUUAGUUUAUAUCUCGCAAUUGCGUUUUUUUGCUUCUUCCGUGGAAUAAAAAAUGUAAUUGUGACUUUCUAUCUCGUAACUCAAUUUUUUUUCUCGCAAUUGCAAAUUUAUGUCAAUUCAGACUUUUCUUCUCAGAAUUGCGACUUUGUCUUGCAAUUCUUUAGUUUCAGAAUUGUGAGAUAUAAACAGGAACAAAAGUCCAAAUAGUGAGAUAAAAAGUCACAGUUACCUUUUUUAUGUUUUCAUCCCGUGCGCGGAAACAGGCUAGCAUAAACCACCGUGUUUCAAACUCCAUCUUGAAAAAACAUCUUGCUCCAGUUCUGAAUGUUUUAAGCGUGUGGUUUUGGCAGUAUCUGCCAUCAUUUCUCCAGCAGCUUUGAUGCACUUUUUAAAUGACCGGAUUUGGCACUUAUGGCCAGAAAGCUUUCAGAUUCAGUGCCGUUUUUAUGGCUGUAAAGGUUGGAAAAGCAAACCAACUGUCAGAGGAUCAACCAAAGUGAGAUCAAGCGGUGUUAACGCUGCUCUUGUGUUAUUUUAUCAUCCUAUAUGUGAUCCAAAUAUAAAACAUGAAAUAUUUCUUUCAUCA